GCCGGCUUGAUUUCUGAAAUUUCACUGGAUUAUUUAACACUUUUAUACUUUUUACCACUUUAUUUUUUACCAUAUUUCCCUUAUUUGUUCUUUGAGUCAACACAGAGACUCAUCCAGUUCCGGUUUUAUCUGAAGACUGUUACUGGAGGAGGCUUUUCCUCAUCAAAGGCUUUUAUUUUGACAUCCAGCUCGGAUUUAAGGAGUUUAUUCUGGUUUGAACUGAACAAAACUGUGRGAUUAUGGCAGACUUUCCGUCCAAGGUGACCACAGAGACCAGUUCCCCCAACUCUCAGAGCUCCCAUCAAGGGGGGAACAGCCUGGGAGGAAUGGCUGCCAGCAUCUCAAGCAACCUGGACAUGUCCUUUAUCCGGAGCGUCCCAGCCAUCCUCAUGCUGGCUGAAAUAGUCCUGGGGUUUCUGCACUGGGUCCUGGUAGCCAGCACACCUUACACCCUGGUGCCGGAGUACGGUUGGGUGAUGUUUGUGGCCGUCACGCUGUGGAUCAUCACCACCAUCCUCUUCAUCGUCAUCCUCUUCAGCGUCCAGCGACACCUGGCCUUCGUUCCCUGGCCGCUGACGGUGAUGAUGUAUAACGGUGUUGCAGCGGUUCUUUAUCUCACAGCCUUCCUGACCAACGCAGCGACUGUGAAUAAAUUCUGGCUGCUGUGGUUCCAUGGACACAUUGGAGCGGCUGCUUUCUUCGCCGCCGCGUCGACUCUGGCCUACGGAGUGAGUGCUUUCUUCUCUUACAUGGACUGGAGGAGCGACGGAGGAAACGCAGCCACCAACACAGUGCCCACCUAAAGGGCCCACCUAAAGGGCCCACCUGAAGGGCUCUGUGGGACCUGAAGGAAAACAUGACUCAGCACUUGGUCACUUUGACCCUCACUGCUGACCCCAAACUUCAGUCUUUACUCCAGUAUGAACAAAACAACAUAUUUUAAUAACACUAGAGCAACUUUAGAGGCUCAGACAGACUUUUUUAGAGCCUUUAAUAACACGAGGCUGUGAAAUAUUCAUAACAUUCACCUGAAUCAUCUGUGCAGCACGAGGACUGAACUGUCAAAGUUUACUGACGGGUCGAAGCUGAAACGACUUGUCGAACUCAUCUAAUGAUUAAUUUACAAAGUUAAAGUACAAACCUGCAUGUUAGCAUCAGAAAUAGGUCUCAGCAGAGAGUGUUUUUAUGUUUGGACAGAGAAAAGUUGCUGUUUUCUUCUUUUUUACUGUUUUAAUUGAGCAGUGUUUAUGUUUAAAAUGCUUAAAAAAUAAUAAAUAAAAUAAUGUCAAUGUUUAAUAAAAUAAAACAGGUUAUGGAUGAAAUACUAAAGAGCUAUGAUCAUGAAAAUUUAGGUAAAUAUCACAUUUAAACUAUGAAUAACAAUGGUUUUGUUCCUUUGGAAUAAAAAAGAAACAAUUUAUUUGAAUUUACCAAAAACAUUCUGAAUUUGGACAUCAAACAUUCAAAUGUUAAGCAUUUUUUUCUGUUUACAGUUUCCUUUUUUUUUUGUCCAUCAAGGAAAAUAUGUUUACUUUUUGUUCAAGAGGARUUUUAAGAGUUUUUGAAGCCACUAUUACAAUAAGUUUUAUCACAAAAAUUCAUUCAUUCACUCCAGAUAUCAGUUUGCAAACAUUUUUUUCUACAUUUACAUCAAUUGUUCUCAUUUUUAGACAAAGUGAUGAGAGAACAAGAGGAAAGAAAUGAUUUAAUUUCUCUACAAUGAA